UCACAGUCUUGGUGUUGAUAACCAACACUGAUAAAAGGUCUCCAGCUGAUGUCAAUUCCUGGUGGGGACUUUGUACUGUAAUCCUAUAAGACAUUCCCACUGGGAGAAACUUGUUAAAAGAUACAGGAGAACCUCUCUUAUUUCUGACAACUCUAUGUAAUAAAUCUACAAUUAUCAACAUAAAAAGUUUAAAUUUAAACUUUAAGGAGAGUUUAAAUUUACAAUAAAUCUUAAGUCUACAGUGCUCUGUCAUGAAAUAGAGGCUCUCGGCAUGUGUUUGAUUAUAGUUCACAAGACUCUCCUAGACUUUGAUUCUCUUGUUCUCUCCAACGCAAUAGCCUGAAAAGUUUCCACAUCUCUUCUCUAUCUUAAGAUCUAUCAUUUUUUGUAUUUCUUUCUCCAGUCCUCAUAGUUCUGGGUUCAUCAGAUAAAAUUGCUCCAGACCUCCUAUAGAGAGAUGAUCUGUGUGAGAUCUUUGUGAGGAAGAAUACAGAAAACCUCAGAGUCUUAUCUGCCGGGGACCAUCUGUUUCCCCCAACAAGGCUCCUCACCAACAGCCCAAUAAAGGAGACUGCUCGGCUGGGGGAAGUAGUUGAGAAGAAAAGGAAAUAGAAACAGGUGCAGUCCCUGGAGCUGCUGCCCUUGCUUUCUACCCCCUUCUCUGUGUCAGGUAGGUCAGGCGGGGAUGCUAUGGAGGCAGCCCUGGCGUGUCACACUGCAAUGAGGACCGCUCCAGACCUGACAAAAUGUCUCUCUUCUUAUCAUGGAUCAAAGCUAUUUUCAUCAUUGCCUUGGUAUUUCCUCUUUAUUCUGAAAUUUAUUUUGAACCUGAUUUCAGAUUUCCGCCAGACUGUAAAGUGUAUACAGAAGCUUGCACCAGAGAAUACAAUCCAAUCUGUGCCAGUGAUGCAAAAACCUACAGCAAUGAAUGUACUUUCUGCAAUGAAAAGAUGAAUAAUGAUGCCGAUAUUCAUUUUCAACAUUUUGGUGAAUGUGAAUAUUGAUAAAGCAGCUCAUAAAUUGGUUUUUAUUGUAAUUACAUUUUGUGGUGCAUUCUACAGGCAAUUAGAGUCUUCUCAAUCAGACCUGACCAUGUCAAUUCUAUGAAACAAGAGCUAUUGAUAGAAUAUAGAGCAUUCAGAUUCUUUCCAAAAUUAAUUUUUAUGAUUUCAGGAUUUUCAUUCUUUGUGUUCAAUUUAUUCAAUGGUAGUUUGAAAAACUAAUGUCACUUGCAUGCUUGAUAUAUAAAAGCUAGUGUAAUUUAAAAUAAUAAAUAUUUCAC